AUGUUUGGUCCCAUCUCUUUGAAGAGUAAAGGGUUGUUCAUGCCUGAUCCGAUUCAAGAGGAAAGGUUUGUUACUCAUGGUCUUGACUAUGACAACAUCGAUGAGAGCGAAUUGUGCGACUUCUGGCAGUGUUGGACACUGAGUCCGAUCAAGGCCGUUGAUAUUGUGAAUGCAGUUGAGGAGGUCCUCAAGGACCCGGUGUACGUCCUGGCUAUUGACUCAUCGAUUAUACGAGGAGCUCAUUGGCUCAGCCUCAUCCGCCCUAAGGUCCUUGUUAGGUUGCCAUUGGUACUCAGUAGUUCGCAGAGUAUUGAUAUCACUCAGCCAGAGGUGUCCAUAUCAUCGAUGGUCUCAGUACUGGUCGGAGGGGCUAAGCUGGCUCACUUGAAUGCCCUCUUGGUACGGUUGAAGCAUCACGAGUUGGUGGAGGCGGAUCCUAGGGUAGUUGAAAAGUAUAAAUGGUGUGGUAUGAAGCAGAGAGUACUAGAUCGUUUCCCUGCUGAUGCAUGGCCUACCUGUAGGUGGAUCGGUCCGGUAGAGAAGUUGUAUGUUGUGGCUCAAGUGGUAUUCGUAAGGGACCGCAGUGCUAUUAAGGAUAUUGUCAAGGACGCUCAUAUUUCGUGGCGCGCGGUCAGCGAUGUGGGACAGUGUCCGGGUCUAGCGGUGGCUCGUGGGGCUACAGCGGCCAGAGUGCUACUAUUCGAGGAUUCGAAGGUGUUAGAGAUGGCGUGGUAUGAGUUAAGCGCUUUGGCUCAAGAAGUGGCUACUAUGGUGGUCUCCUCUGCAUUGGAUUCUCCCUGGCCUUGUCAGAAGCCACCACCAGCCCCCCAAACUGGGACUACCUUCUCACACCGAUUCGAGAGGGAACCCUGGGUCCCGCUGUCGAGGCUAAGUUCCGUCUAUGCUGGCUCCGCUACGGGACCGUUGAUGGUUGAACAUUGGAAGGAUAAAGAACCGA